UUAAAGCAUUAUCUUCUCCAUCCUUCAGUGAUGAGAGGAAAGGCAUUUGUCUGACCAACUGAACAAGAGUUCCAAUGAAUGGACUUUUAUACCAUUCUAGCAAAAUUUACAGUCAUACUAGUGUUUCAGAAUGAUGAACGGACUGAAAGGACACAUUCCUCAAUUACAUAAUAUACUAUAACAGUGGAUUUAUAACAAUUUCUGCUCGCUGCUAUUUAAAGAUUAUGGUUCACUAUAAAGAGUCUUUCAGUUGAUAAAUGAGUGCGAACCCAUUACACCCCUUUGUUUAUCUGAAUAUGCAGGUUUUACCCACCAGCCAAGCUUCUGGGAGAGCACGCUGGUUCUCUUUUGAUUUGUUGAUAAAUGUUUCCCUGUCAAUCCCUGUUUGUCUAUUGAUGUAUAGUGUACCACACAAUGGGUUUCGUGUCCAAAGAAGACAGAUGUUGAGAACAUGUUAAGUUUACAACAUAGUUAUAUUCUGCAUCUGAGAAGUGAGGGAUACAGUAUUUGCACGCCACUGUGUAACAUGGUAUAAUAGUAAUGGUAUAGUAAUGCAGGGUAAACUGACCCUAGAUCUGUGCCAGGGCUGUGUUCUAUUCAUAGAGCCACCUGCUGUACCAGGCAGUUAUAGUGACUUCCUGAAACAGACUUCUCACUUCCUCCCUGAGAGCUCAUAAAACUGAGGGUGCAUCUCAAUAGUUUACGAUGCCUCCUCUCACCCCCUUGUCUCCUUGUAUCUUCAUCUCCUUUCCUUCAUUUGCUCUUAUCAAAAAUGUCUGGACUAAUGAAAUCAAAUUUCCCAGGAGGCCUCUGCAAUAUUGCUUUCAUUUGUCCUGUGUUUUAAAAUAAGUGCAGAUGAAGAAUAGGAGAGGAUUAGAGAAGAUAUUAGACAUCAAUUCUUGUGAGUGGAGAACAUCUGUAAAAAGUGUUAAUCUCCAAAUUCAGUGUGAGAGGGGGAUCCCCUACAACUGGCAAAUAUCACUCACCUGGUAUGUCACUACGGUUGCAUUUAGAGAGGCAGACCAAUUCUGAUCUUUUCCCCCCAAAACGGUCUUUUGACCAAUCACAUCAGCUCUGAAAAAUAACUGAUGUGGAAAUAUCUGAUGUGAUUGGUCAAAAAAACAAUUAGUGGGAUUUUUUUAAAUCAGAAUUGGGUUGCCUGUGUGCACACAGCCAUUUUAGGAUUGGGCUCAGAUGUGUAGGCUACUUGUCGUGCUCUGUUGAACCCGCAGAGGACAUAGCAGAGGAACUGAGAUGAGGGUUGGUCUUGUCAAAUGUCAACUGACACGCAUCUCAACCAAAACAGGCUCGCACGCUUUCAGCCAAACCACUGACACACACUGCACUGGACUAAGAAGAUAUUCAGAAAUGUAAAGGAAAAAUAUCAAAUGAGUUGAUACUGAAAGACUCCAUGGACCUUCAGCUAUGAUACACAAAUGGAAUGCAGCUCACCACUGGUAGUGAACAACCCAGAGGUCCAAUGGCUUAUUCACCCCAUGGUUGGUGGUCUAUCCUCAUUGGCAUCACUUUGCUGUGUGUCAUAGGGUCUAGUAGAGCUGAUAAGCCAUGUACUGCAUCAUCCAGCAUUGGGGACCUGGUCCUUCUGGGUUCCAGCUUCCAGGUGUUCUGUACCUAUCAGGCCAGCUGCAGAGCUUCCAAAUCAAUGCACAUCGACAAGAAGAAAAUAGACAAAAUACCGCCCUACAACUCUACAACUAUAUUCCUCAACGUGACAAACAUAAGUAAAAACACAACGUACACCUGCCUGUGUGAAGGAGAACCUGAGCCUUGUGGACUCGACAUUGAUACUGGAUACCCACCUGACCUGCCAGAAAAUGUAACCUGUGUCCAGAAAGGUGAAUUUGGAGAGGUGAUGUGUACAUGGAGAAGAGGAAGGGAAACUCACCUGACAACCACUUCAGAGCUCUGGGUGAGAGCUGUAUUUGGUAACAGAACAGCAGGAUCUGUAUCCUACCCUGGUUCUGGUUCCAGGUCUGAUCCUGGUCUAGUCUCAGCUAAUUUCCCUGUGUCUGGUUCUGUCCAGACUGAAUACUCCGUAUGGGCCAGCUCCUCCAACAAGCUGGGCACUGCUGUGUCCACCACCCUCAACUUCACACUCGACCACAUUGUGCAGCCCUUUCCCCCUGCUGUGUCCCAGGUAGAGUGCUGGUCGCUGGGCUGUAAUGUCAGGGUGGAGGGAGCUCAGCUCCUGGAGGUCCAGCAGAGAACCGCCCAGGGACCAGGACCAUGGAUAUUACACCCACACACCGCAGGUUCAGUGUGGAACCAGUCCAUUGUGUCUCUGCAGCCCUACACAAAGUAUGAGUUCCAGGCCAGGGUCAGACUGAGCCAUAGGAGAGGCAUCUGGAGUGACUGGAGCCAACCCGUCUCUAACUGGACACAGGAGGAGGCACCUGCCAAGGCCCUGGAUGUGUGGUACACAACCUCCAACUCUCCCAACAACUCCAUCACUUUACACUGGAAGAUGCUGAGUCACACAGAGGCCAGAGGGAAGAUCAGGGGUUACAAGGUGAUAGUUCACGACAACCUGGCAGGGAAAUCUGAGAGCAACACCUCCAUUAAUCAUAUUUCAGGCCUGUCCUGCUCUCGCUGUAAUGUCACUGUCUACGCCCUGAACUCCAGAGGUUCCUCACCCCCUGCCCAUGUCACCAUUCCCCUCAGAGGAGCCCAGCCCCCUCAGAAUGUAAAGUGUAGAAAUCACAGUAACCACAGCGUCACCAUCUCCUGGCGGAGGCCUGUAACUGCAGGAGCAGCCAGUGGGACAGGGGAUGGGGCAGUAAGUGGCUACCUGCUGGAAUGGUUCCCUGUUGGAAGACAGGUGGAGAAGCUCAGGUGGAAGAGACUGGGUCCUAAUGAAACCCAUACUGUCAUUAGAGAUAACAUUAUGCCGUUUGAGUGCUAUGAGGGAGCAGUUUAUGCUCUGUAUGAGCAGGCAGUGGGCAGGGCCCAGUUUGAAAACUUCUACACCUUGGAAUUAGUGCCUUCCGCGGGUCCAUCUGUCCAUCAGCCGGUGGUGGAGGGGGACAAAGUGACAGUUUCCUGGUCAGAGGUCCCUCAGGGACACAGGUGGGGCUGUGUCAUCAACUACACCAUCUAUGUGGAAAACUCAGAGGGAAAAGACGUCGGAAACUACGUCUGCAGAGCAUCAGAGAGGUCCUUCACCAUCAGGGACCUUCCCCCUGAGUACUACCAUCUAUGGGUGGCCGCAUCGACUGCCUCAGGACAGGGCCCCAGAGCCAGACACUCCUUCCUCAUCAAACCUCAAAGUUUGCUUUCAGACAGCUGGCUUUAUACCAUGGUCCUGGUAGGGAUCACCUCCUUCCUGGUGUUCUUUGUCCUGCUGUGCCUGUACCAGGUCUCCUCGCUACGACGACGAGUCUCAACACUCGUCCACUGCCUCAUGCCAGAUAUCGUCCCUGAUCCUGCCAACAGCAAAUGGGCAAAGGAGUGUGCCAAAGAGAAGGGUGAGUUGACCCUACACCUCUACCUCAGUGAGUCUAGUGUCAGUGAAGAGGAGGAGCCAGACACUGUGGAGGUCCAGGAGCUGCCUGAGGGCAGUUGGAGCUCAUGGAACCCAGCACAGCGCACUGAUAUCUCCGGAACUCCAGAGGGUGCUAUUCACCCCUCCUUACACCUCCUCUUCAUGCCCCAGCAGAUCCCUGCAACAGACCCGUCAACAACAGCCUACUUCCAGAGCUCCUACCUCAAGAGCUUCUCCCAGGAGUCAGGCUCCUCAGGCCAGACACAGGAUUCCCAGGGAACAGAUAUGACUGUCGACUACAUCUCAACACACGUCCUAGAGGGCAGAGAGGAGAAGGAAGAGGAAGGUCUGGAUGUGAUGGGAUUCUUCUCCUGUCCGCAGAACCCCCUGAGUCCGUUCAUGAACCCUUUGGUGUCUUUCGGAGGGAAGCUGACUCUGGAUGCGGUCAGGAUCGACUGCAGUGAGUUCUUAGACUGAUGGGUUAGACUGAUGGGUUAGACUGAUGGGUUAGACUGAUGGGUUAGACUGAUGGGUUAGACUGAUAGCCAUAUAAAAUAACCCAAGGAGCAGGCUGUGUGAAGAACCUGUGUAAUCUCAGUGUAUCAUGACUUUGAUUCUCACUAACCAACAAUCAUUAUAAACAGUUAUAUUGCAUUACAGUACAAUAGUACACUAUCUAUCAGAGAUGGGAGACUACAGACCUCGGGGUCCAUAGUGGUGUAACACUUUUUCACCAUAGCAAACACUAAUUGCAUUCUAAACUGAAGAUGUUGAUUUUUGGAGUCAGGUGUAAGCUGGGGCAAAAGUGUGUCAUCAAUCUGGCCCUCGAGGACUGGAGUUGCCCAUCCUAGAUCUAUGUCUUGGAUAACACAAAAGGUCAAUACAAUACAACACAACUCACCUGUCACAUUUCCCCCAGUUUACAGGGACUGUAAGCAAUGAGCUUUUGUGAAAUAAACCAUGGGAGUUAUGUAAAGUGCACUAUGA